AUGACCAGCGAUGAACGAUCGACUUUGCUGUCCAGUAUGCUCAACCAGUGCUCCGAGGACACACGACUCAGUAUCGUUGUCUACGGUAUCCCCAACAAGGACUGCGAUGCUGGGUUAUCCUCGGGAGGAAGCGUGAAGAGCACGGACGACUACAAGACCUUCUUAAAGCAGCUAACAGACGCUGUUGGCGAUCGCAAGGUUCUCUAUGUGGUGGAACCCGAUGCUGUUGGUCUUCUGGCUAAAGAGAACAGCUGCGGUUCGUCAGCAGGGUACCUCGACAACCUCAAGGUCGCAGUCGAAGCCUUGUCUGCAAACGCCAAUGCUGAGCUGUACGUCGACGUCGGCUACUGGAUGCUUGCCGACUCGUCGAACGCAGCCAAGAUUGCUCCGAUCAUGCAUGAGCUCGCCUCUUGUGGUCGUGUCAAGGGUGUGACCAUCAACACGUCGAACUACCGUUCCAACGACGAGUGUACGACGUACUGCACGAACUUCCAAACCGCGAUGGGCAAAAGCGAGAUGUCCUGCGUUGUGGACACUUCGAGAAACUUCAACGGCUCUCCUACGAGUGACUGGUGCAACGUUCAGACUGCUGGUAUCGGCAAGCCACCUACGUCGGAGACUGGUCUCUCGAAUAUCGACUACUUUAUGUGGAUCAAGCCGCCUGGAGAGAGUGACGGCGAGUGCGCCACGGCGAAGGAGGCAUGA